GUAUGCAUCAUUUAGUUGCAACCCAUUGGAUUGAUCUAAAUGGGUUCUGGACGUUCUGGUUAAUUUUCUGGUUCCCUUUUUGGAUUCUUGUAUGAGAAACCGAAUGGAAAUCAAUUUGAAUAGAAACGAGCUCCCUUUUUUCUUACUGAAGAGUAGAGAAGUGAUUCGAACUGAUCUAAAUGAUUUCCGUAUCUCGAAAUCUUUCUGGUUUACUUUCCUUUUAUUUUCUCUGAAUCUUAAUUGCCCUUUAAUUUCCUUUUCUGGGUUUUGUCUUUACUCUUUCCAAGUUAUUAUGUAAGAAAGUUUAAUUCUUUUCUAUCUUUGUUGACUGAAAAAUAACUUCUUCAUAUGGUCCGUCCGUGCCCUGUUCACGGAUCUAGUUUCGUAUGUUUCAAAGUGAUCAUGCUCCGGAGUUGCUUCUUGUGGGGCAUCUAAUUUAAAAAGAAUGUCCCGGCCUUCACAGCGAGGGAUAUCUGGGCUACGGAUCUCUGGUGGUAGCAAUGAUUUUAGCGAUUCUCACAUGAAUGAUAGAACAGAAAGAGAAGAUUUGGAUAGGAGAGGUUCCUCUGAUGACAGCUCUUUUGCCAUGAGGUCUUCUUUUCGCAUGUCUUUCCCAGAUAAUCCUCCUUCCAAAUAUGGGAUUAAUGGAAAUGGCUUUGUAUCAGAUCCAUACAUUGCUGGUAAUCCUAGAGGUCGGCACAAAUUGACAAUGCUACUCCUGAAGUUCAGUUUAGUUUUGAUUGUAAUUCUUGCACUUACUGGAUCUUUUUGGUGGACAAUAUCCAUUUCAACGUCUUCUAGAGGUCACAUAUUCCUUGGUUAUAGGAGACUCCAAGAGCAACUUGUUUCUGACCUGUGGGAUAUUGGAGAGAUUUCUCUUGGUUCUUCAAGGCUUAAAGAUUUGGAGUUUUGUACUGAAGAGUUUGAAAAUUAUGUUCCCUGCUUUAAUCUCUCUGAGAAUGCGGCCUUAGGUUUUUCUGAUGGCAAUGCGUAUGACCGGCAUUGUAUGCACGGUAUGAGGCAAAAUUGUUUAGUUCUUCCACCUGUAAAUUACAAAAUUCCUCUUAGGUGGCCUACUGGGAAGGAUGUAAUCUGGGUGGCAAAUGUUAAAAUUACAGCACAAGAGGUGCUUUCCUCUGGAAGUAUGACUAAGAGGAUGAUGAUGUUGGAUGAAGAGCAAAUUUCCUUCCGUUCAGCCUCUCUUAUGAUUGAUGGUGUUGAAGACUACUCACAUCAAAUUGCAGAAAUGAUAGGUCUAAGAAAUGAAUCCAACUUCAUCGAAUCUGGGGUAAGAACCAUUUUGGAUAUAGGUUGUGGUUAUGGUAGCUUUGGAGCUCAUCUCUUUUCCAAAGAUAUCUUAACUAUAUGCAUUGCAAAUUAUGAGGCUUCAGGCAGUCAAGUUCAGCUAACGCUUGAAAGGGGUCUUCCUGCAAUGAUCAGUUCUCUGCCUUCAAAACAGUUACCAUAUCCAUCUCUCUCGUUUGAUAUGUUGCAUUGUGCACGAUGUGGCAUCGAUUGGGACAGACAAGAUGGUAUUCUCCUGAUUGAAGCUGAUAGAGUUUUGAAGCCUGGUGGAUAUUUUGUAUGGACAUCACCAGUUACCAAUGCACAGACAUUUCAUCGUGACAAAGAUAAUCAAAAAAGGUGGAACUUUGUUCGUGAUUUUGCAGAAAAUCUCUGCUGGGAGAUGUUGUCACAACAAGAUGACACAGUUGUAUGGAAAAAAACGAGCAAAAAAAGCUGUUACAGUUCACGGAAGCCUGGUACCGGCCCUUCUUUAUGUAGUAAAGGUCAUGAUGUUGAAACUCCAUACUAUAGAUCACUCCAGGCCUGCAUUGGAGGAACACAGAGCCGCAGAUGGAUUCCCAUUGAAAAGAGGAGAACCUGGCCUUCUAGAGCAAACUUGAACAAGAAUGAACUUGCCGUAUAUGGUUUGCACCAGGAAGAAUUUGCUGAAGAUGCUGAAACUUCGAAGAUGACAGUUCGUAAUUAUUGGUCUCUUCUAUCACCCUUGAUAUUCUCAGAUCAUCCAAAGAGGCCUGGUGAUGAGGAUCCUUCACCACCUUAUAACAUGCUUAGAAAUGUGCUGGACAUGAAUGCUCGUUUUGGUGGUUUUAAUUCUGCUCUACUGGAAGCAGGGAAGUCUGUGUGGGUCAUGAAUGUUGUCCCAACUAGUGGGCCCAACUAUCUUUCCAUGAUCCUUGACAGAGGCUAUGUUGGUGUUUUGCAUGAUUGGUGUGAGGCCUUUCCAACAUAUCCCAGAACAUAUGAUUUGGUACACGCAGAAGGACUUCUUUCUCUUGAAUAUGGUCAGCAGCGUAGAUGUACCAUGCUCGACCUGUUCUCUGAGAUUGAUCGCUUACUUCGUCCUGAGGGGUGGGUUAUAAUCCAUGACAGAGCUCCUCUAAUAGAAUCGGCAAGAACUCUAACAACACGGCUGAAGUGGGAUGCACGUGUUGUCGAAAUCGAGAGUACCAGUGAUGAGCGACUCCUUAUCUGCCAGAAGCCUUUCUUUAAAAGACAGCCAAACUAAUUGUGAGCUUCCAAAGAAUAGCCUGAGAAGUUAUUUUCAAAGUAUUCAUAUUCAUUUACUGAUGUCCAUUAAUCAUCAUAAAGCUCCGCCAUAUAAAGGGGGAAUCAAAAAUUUUGAACAGAUGAAGAAACCGAAGAAACCAAAGAAACAAAGUCAAGAUUGGUAAAACUGAUCUCAACUCCUAUGGAGCCGUAAGGCGUUCAUGGGGCAUGUAAUUAUGCAAUCGAGGCGAAGAGCAAGUAUAGGAUUAGAUUUUUAAAUUUUCCAUGUUGUGUCUCAUUAUAACUUAUACAACCACAUGAUUAAGAUUGUGAAGAUAAUUACAAAAUAAGCAAGUGCUGUUUGCUGUAGUAUAUGAAAAUCCUUAGAAUUGCAUUUAUGUGAUAGGGUAAAAAAAAUAUAUAUAUAUCUUCUUUUUUCCAAAUUUGCUUGUUCUGCCAGAUUAAUUCUCCUUUCUGGAAUCAGCCUUUUUGAGGCAUACAUUGUCAAAGUUUUAAUUCAAUUUAGAAUUUGUAAUAUUCAUUUAAA